AAUCGAGCAAAAUGUUUCAGUUUCUACUGCUUGGCCUGCUGGCAGGAGCCGGUGCAUGGGGCACGGAGUACUUCGAGAACUAUUACAACGAGAUCGACGUGGACGAUGAGCAGGCCGAGGUGAAGACCCGCAAUGCCAUGUCAUCGCCGCGGCAGCUGUGGCCCAGUACGAGGAUCUACUAUCGCAUUGCCAGCGACUGCAGCCCGGAGGAGGUGGCUAAUGUGCACACGGCCCUGGCCACGUUCAACGAGCAGAGCUGCCUGCAGUUCGAGGAGCUGACGGGGCCGGCUCCACCCGGCAGUCGCUAUGUCUACUAUAAGAAAUCGGAGAAGCUCUGCGGCACUCGCAUUGGCUACAAUCCCCUUCCGGUUUUCGGUUCCGGCUCGCACGAUGUCCUGCUCUCUCCGAAAUGCAUGGCCGUGCCGGGCAUUAUACAGCACGAGACACUGCAUCUGCUGGGGCUCUACCACGAGCAGAGUCGUCCAGAUCGCGACGAUCAUGUUGUUAUCGAUUACGAUAACAUUCCGCGCAAGUACUGGCCCCAGUUCAUGGCCACCUCGUCGAGCACCACGACCACAUACGAUGUGCCCUAUGACUUCGAGAGCGUCAUGCACUAUCCGAAAAACGCCUUUGCCACGGAUCCCAGUAAGCCCACCAUACGCGCCCUGGUCGAUGGGGUUCCCAUGGAGCGGGAGAUGGGACAGACGGUGGGCCCGACCGAGGGCGAUUUAUUCAAAAUACGCAAGAUGUACAAAUGCGACCUAACUGCAUAAUACCACAAUAGAGUAAGGACAACGAGAGAGAGAGAGAGAGAGAGAUGGAGAUAGAGAGAAGGAGAAAAAAGUUUGCAAUAAAUUUUAAAAUUUUCAUUAAUUAUGCAUUUUUUAUUAUCUUUCUUCGGAUGGAAAAAAAUGUUUGGAGCUUUAUUUGGUAUUAACCUAUUUUUUGAUAGCCCCAAGAUCAUAUUAAAUUUCUGCUUUGCUUAUUACAUGAUCCGAUUAGUUCUUGAGUAGCUUAAGCAUGAUAUAUGCUGAAAUGAAUUCGUUUAUAUACGAUCAAUUUAAUUUAAAAAAUAUGAAAAAAACUGAAUAAGCAAUAUCAAGUCACAUUCUCAUUCAGAUGCGGAAAUUGUACUACAGUCUCACUCAAUGGUUUUACCAUUAAAGCUAAGAGACCUGAAAUACUACGAAUACUAACAGGCUUAGACAUAAA